UGGUCACUGCCUCGGAACUGAGAGCCAGCACCUCUGAGCAGGCAGGAGGGCCCAUCCCACCUGCACCUGCCCUGCAUUGGAGGAGGGAAGCUUUCAAGGUCUGGCUUCUAGAAGCCUGUGAAUCAUUUUCACCUGCCUUGCUGUGAACCAAUUGCCACUAUAAUUAGAAGGUGUUUGCCUUCCUGCCUGAAUAGAGGAGGAGCUGCAAGGAGACUGAGGGUCAGGCUGGGUGCAAGUCUGUCCCCCAUACCUCCAAGAGGGCUGCUGCUCUGUCCAGGCCAGGCCAGCCCCAGGUGACUUGGGGGAGUCCAGGGCCCCACAGGGCCCAAUCCUCUGGCCUCAAGGAAGCUGGUGCAGGCAAUUGGUCUGCUUGGUGUCAGGAGCUCACUGCCAAUUGUCCGCACCAUUGAAAUAGGCCUGGGUGCAGCCAGGAGCCGCAGAGGCAGGAGAGAGACUUCCUGCUCCUAUUUUCACCUUGAAAACCUUAAAAAACGCCAGUGACCAGGCCAGUUAUCAGAAUAACUGGGGUGGAAGCCCUGAAAAGGUUUUUUUUUAAGACUCCCCAGGUGAUUCUGGUGUGCCGACACAGCCAGGGGGCUCGGCCCUUGGUGAAGUGGGCUUUCCUCAACUGGAGGCUACAACCCUCAAAGGGACAAGCGUGUCCAGCUAAGAUACUGGCCUGACCUCCCAGCCUGAGCUAGCACUCGGGGGCCUGCGUUUCAAGACGACCAGGUGGCGGCGCUGCUGCUCGGGGUCACACGGGAGCUUGGGGAGAGGAUAUAAAGCUCCAGACUGGAAACUAUGCCCCAGACAUCUGUGGUCUUCUCCAGCAUCCUCGGGCCCAGCUGUAGCGGACACGUGCAGCCUGGCAUGGGGGAGCGAGGCGGAGGGGCCGGCGGCACUGGGGACCUCAUCUUCCAGGAUGGACGCCUUGUCUCGGGGUCCCUAGAGGCCUUGAUGGAGCACCUGGUCCCCAAAGUGGACUAUUACCCCGAUAGGACGUACAUCUUCACGUUUCUCUUGAGCUCUCGAGUCUUCAUCCCCCCUCAUGACCUGCUGGCCCGUGUGGGGCAGAUCUGCCUGGAGCAGAGGCAGCACCUGGAGGCUGGGCCCGAGAAGGCCAAGCUAAAGUCCUUCUCAGCCAAGAUCGUGCAGCUGCUGAAGGAGUGGACAGAGGCCUUCCCCUGUGACUUCCAGGAUGAGAAGGCCAUGGCUGAAUUGAAGGCCAUCACCCACCGGGUCACACAGUGUGACGAGGAGAACGGCACAGUGAAGAAGGCCAUUGCCCAAAUGACGCAGAGCCUGCUGCUGUCCCUGGCUGCCCGGAAUCAGCUUCAAGAGCUACGGGAGAAGCUUCGCUCGCCGGCCGUGGACAAAGGGCCUGUUCUCAAGGCCAAGCCGCCGGCUGCUCAGAAGGACAUCCUGGGCGUGUGCUGUGACCCCCUGGUGCUGGCCCAGCAGCUGACUCAUAUCGAGCUGGAGCGGGUGGGCAGCAUUCACCCCGAGGACCUGAUGCACAUCGUCAGCCACAUGGACUCGCGGGACAAGCACAGGUGCCGAGGGGACUUGACCAAGACCUAUAGCCUGGAGGCCUACGACAACUGGUUCAAUUGCCUUAGCAUGCUGGUGGCCACCGAGGUGUGCCGGGUGGUGAAGAAGAAGCACCGGACCCGCAUGCUGGAGUUCUUCAUUGACGUGGCCCGGGAGUGUUUCAACAUCGGGAACUUCAACUCCAUGAUGGCUAUCAUUUCUGGCAUGAACCUCAGUCCUGUGGCGCGGCUGAAGAAAACGUGGUCCAAGGUCAAGACGGCCAAGUUUGACGUCUUGGAGCACCACAUGGACCCAUCCAGCAACUUCUGCAACUACCGCACGGCCCUGCAGGGGGCCACGCAGAGGUCCCAGAUGGCCAACAGCAGCCGAGAGAAGAUAGUCAUCCCUGUGUUCAACCUUUUCGUUAAGGACAUCUACUUCCUGCACAAAAUCCACACCAACCACCUGCCCAGCGGGCAUGUUAACUUCAAGAAAUUUUGGGAGAUCUCCAGACAGAUCCAUGACUUCAUGACAUGGACACAGGUAGAGUGUCCGUUCGAGAAGGACAAGAAGAUUCAGAGUUACUUGCUCACGGCGCCCAUCUACAGCGAGGAAGCUCUCUUCAUAGCCUCCUUUGAAAGUGAAGGACCCGAGAACCACAUGGAAAAAGACAGCUGGAAGACCCUCAGGACCACUCUCCUUAACAGAGCCUGAAGGCAUGGAUGCAGCCCGCAGACGCUGGAUGAAGCACACUCGCAAACUGAGUUUUAAUCUUGAUUGAUAUGGGUUGAGAUGAGGAGGCCUCACUGGUUGGGGUCCAUUUUGUAUAUAACUUUUAUGAAGAAAAAAAAAGGUAAUUAUUUCAUGCAUCAAUCUUUGGCACUUACAAAUGAAGUUCUUUUGUUUACUUUAAACAACAGGGCAGGGCCCUGCUUUCGGGAAGGGAGGGGAAGAGUAUCAUGGGAGAUGGCGUCCAUGAUAACAUCUUAUUCUAAUGAAAUGUAGAUUUUUAUUUUCUACCUUUGAUUAUUAACAUCUUACAAAAAUAUUUUAAAAAUACCCAACCAAAAUCAACGUGAGCCCUGCCUGUUUGGAUGCCUUUCCAGCCAGUGUCUCUGAUGUCGGGGUUAGUGCCUUAGAGGGUACUAGAGGGCCGGUCUCCCGCUCCGCUCUUCUAGCCCGCUGCCAGCCAGUGCCGCCGGGGAGGUGCCGGGAAAGCUCUGCUCUGGGCCGCACGGUGCUGCCCUCAAAGCCUAGGCCAGUGAGGUGCCAGCCAGAAGGAGGUCCGUUGCAUACUGCUGGAAGUGAACCUUUGAGUAUGGGCUUUCCAAAGUUUACAUUUUCAUUUUCCUUUAUCAGGG